GUAUAUGGGAGACUAUACAACACCUGAAACAAGAAGGCUGGGCUUGAUCGUCCCUCCCGGUUUCCAAUGCUUGUCAGAGCAGACUUUGGCCCUCUAUAUAAUACGGGAAGUCUUGGUUGGAUGUUGUUCUAUGGCCGUCACUCAGACCUUAAACAUGAAUAAAUAAACACAAGAACAACCUCAGAAGACCUAUAUAGACAAUUUUACACUGGAUUGAAGAGCGGUUGAUAUCGCUGAAGAUGUCGGGGAGAAGCAGUCCCUUCGGCAACAACACCAACAGCUAUGCCGGAUCAAUUCAAUCAGAUAGAUCUGGAAAUUCGGAUGAUGGAUCACAAGUAUCCAAUCUGUCCAGGCCAAGUGCAAGAUCCAUCUACUCACAAAGGAAGGAGUAUGCAUCCUCUAUAAACAAGAUCCUGGACAAGUUUCAGUACAGAGUGGAGCACCUGAUCACCUGCGAGUUGGACGGCAAGGAGCUGCAAGGCGUGGCGGACUGUGUGGAACGCCUGAAUCUCCUGGAAGGCAUGGGUCGUGUGUGGGGUCAGAACAUGUUCCUGGAGGUCCGAGGGAGCGAUCUGCACCUCUGCGACAUCGAGACCAGGGAGGAGCUGGAGUCCCUCCCCCUGAACAGCAUCGUGGAGCUGCGGGCGGUGAUGGACAGCGAGGUGUACCACUCCCUGCUCACCAUGUGCGUGAAGGUGCGGAGGACCAGCAGUGUGUUCCUGUUCCAGUGUGAUGAACUCAAGGCUGACUUCAUCAAAAAGGACCUAUCACGGGCUCUCUUGCGCAGCCAGAAGGAAAAUUACAGCGGCCCUCCAGUGUCCAUGGUCCCUAAACACCAGAUAAGGCCCAGCCCGGCCCCUCAACCCAGGAACUGGAACCCCCCAGAGGAUCCCGUGUCAACGUGGAGUAGCCCAGACUACGGAGAAGAAAGUGAUGCUGGUACUCCCGUACCGCCCAGAGAGGAAUACACCCAAAGGGUUCGAGAGAGGACCCCAUCUCCACAGCCCUCCUACACCUCAGAGGAAGAGCUCCCUCAAAUCUUGCCGUACACAGAGCGGGACAGGAACGUGGAUAUCUUGAAUCACAUCUUUACUGAUCUGGAAAUCUUCAUGGGACAAAUCGCUGCAUCAGAGGCCAAACAUGAAAAGAAGAACAAGAAGAAGUGGAAGAAGAAGACGAAGAAGAAAAAAGCCCUUGAGGGCAUGCCCCCUGUGGAGGAGUUUUUCACCUGUCUACAGAAGAUCAAGUUUGGCUUCAACCUUCUGCCGGAACUGAACGGAAAGAUCAGCGAUCCCAGCGCCUCUGACUUUGUCCACAACCUCUUCACCACCCUCGCCUUUGUGCAUGCUCGCUGCCCGCCGGACCUCUCCAGCACGGUGGUGGCCCCCCUGCUGACCCCUGAGUGCUUCCGGCUCCUGAGCGAGGAGGCCAACCCUGAGGAGGACGCGCUGUGGCAGUCCCUGGGAGACCCCUGGAACAUCCCCAGUACAAAAUGGCCGGAAGACGACGACGACAUUCCCACUUACACCCUGGCGUUCCUGGACGGCUGGCAGCCCCCCGAGGUGUCGAAGGGGAGUCCCGCAGUCCGGCCCGCGAAGCGCAAGGCCACCCCCCGCCCCGCCCCCGCCGCCCGCCCCGCCCCCGCCCCCGCAGCAAGCCCCGCCCCCAGCCCGGCCCCCCGCCCCGGCCCCAGCCAGAAACCGGCUCAGCGGAAGCCACCCCCUCCAUCCCAACGCCAAGAGGAGCCGGAGCCCAGGCACAUGCGUGUCGUGUACGACUUCACCGCAAGAAACGCCAAAGAGCUGAGCAUCACCAAGGGAGAGAUAGUCAACUUACUAGAUUCGUCCAAGAAGUGGUGGAAAGUGAGGAACACGAGUGGCGAGCAAGGGUUUAUACCCAACAACGUUCUGGAGCCUCUGGAGACGGAGCCGUCUGAGAUUAACCCUGAGAUGGACGAGUUCACUGGUCCCCCUGUUCUAACCAAGAAGUCCAAGCCUAAAGAUGUCACUGCAUGGCUGGAAUACAGAGGCUUUAGUAGAAUCACGGUGCGGUGUUUAGGACCGCUAAGUGGCUCCAUGCUGUUGGGCAUGUCGCGAGAGGAACUGAAGAAGGUCUGUCCCGAGGAGGGAGGCCGGGUCUUCUUCCAGCUGCAGUCAGUCAAAUCUUCUCUCGCGCUUGAGAGCGAGAUGCGAAAGGCAUCAAUGGGAUAGGAUAUGGAAGAAAUCCGCUGCAAAACAACUGGAAGACUUUUUAAUUUUUCUCGCAGUCAUGAGCCAUUCGAUUGCACAACCUCCAACACACAGCCAUUAUCAAUAGAUCAAUGAAUUAUCUAACUUUAGAUAGUUAUAUUAAAAAGGUCGACAUUCAUUAGGGGUUUGGGGGUUUUCUUUUCACCGUCAGAUGUGUUUGACCUAUUAUGUUGCCUUCUUUGUUGGUGAUAAAUGUAGUCCUAAUUCAUGAAAAACUGUAAAUAUGUAGGAAAAUAACAGUUAAUAAUCCCAAAUGAAUAAUGCAAUGUGAAAAGUCUUCAGCAGAAAUCAUCUACAUUAAAAAAGUGUAUCAUUCAAAAUGUAUAAUUCUAAGUAUCAUGUAAUAUAUGCUAUAGCCUACUAUAUUGUAUAUUUUACUAUCAGAGUAUUGUAAUAUCACUGGUCUACUACUAUAAACUAUUUAAAUAUAAUAUUGAGCAGAAGUCUAUAAAUUGUAUCUAGGUCAACCAUUCACUCUUAAAUAAAAGUCCAAGCUUUGGUAUUGACAGAGAGAGCUAUGUAUGAUGCAAAUAUUCAUUGACUAAACAUGCUUUAUUUCAUUCCUCGGACAUUACACGUCAACCAUACCAGAAGCAUGUCACUUUAUAAAACACUGGCAAUUAUAGUCGGGCCUUGAUGAUAAAACACAAAACACAUAAUAUAAAUCUAGGCAUCGUUUCCUGUCAACAAGAAAAAAACAAUAAUGUUC